UUUACAUGCAAACGUACGAAUGUUUUGUAUAUGUCAAUUUGGUUAGAAGUGUAUUUUAUAUUAUUUGAAAAAAGUGUAUAUUAUUCCAUCAUUUUUAUUAGCUUGUACUUAUGGCAUCACCAGCACCGAAAUCGCCAGAGCAAUCUGAAAGAAAUAGAAAAUAUGAUAGGCAACUAAGGUUAUGGGGUGAUCAUGGUCAAGCUACAUUAGAAGGAGCACAUGUUUGUGUUAUAAAUGCUACAGGGCUUGGUACAGAAAUUUUAAAAUCUUUAGUGUUAUCAGGCAUUGGAGCAUUUACGAUUGUAGAUGGUAAGAAAGUUACCAAUGAAGAUGUCGGAGCAAACUUCUUUUUAGAAGCAGACGGUGUAGGAAAGUCAAGAGCACAAGUAUCGACGCAAUUGCUUUUAGAACUAAAUUCAGAUGUUCGAGGUGAUUAUAUAGAUGAAGAACCAGAACAAAUUUUAUAUAAUAGUCCAGACUUUUUCAACAAUUUUACAGUUGUUGUAGCUACGUCAUUAACUGAAAAAUCUUUAAUUCUCUUGUCACAAAGACUUUGGGAAUUAAACAUACCUUUAAUAGUAUGUAGAAGUAUAGGAUUUAUUGCAUAUAUGAGGAUUCAAGUAAAAGAACAUACAGUUAUAGAAACACAUCCAGACAACGAAAUCCCAGAUUUACGUUUAGAUAAACCAUUUGAGGCACUAAAGAAGCAUAUUGAUUCCAUCAAUUUAGAUGAUCUGAGUUUUAAAGAUCAUUCUCAUGUACCAUACUUAGUCAUAUUAUACAAAUUUUUAGAAAGAUGGAUUUUAAAUAAAAGAGAAUUACCUAAAACCUACAAAGAAAAAUACCAAUUAAAACAAAUAAUAGAAGAAGGAAUGAGAAGAGAUGAAAAUGAUACUAAAAAUAGCGAAGAAAAUUUUGAAGAAGCUAUUAAAGCAGUUAAUACAUGUAUUGGACAUACUGAGAUUCCAGAUAACGUGAUGAAUAUUCUUAAUGAUAAUCAGUGUAUUAAUUUAACAGCUAAGAGUAGUUCAUUUUGGAUCAUAGCAAAAGCAGUAAGAGAUUUUGUAGAGAAUGAAGGGGCAGGAUUAUUACCAUUAAAAGGCACUUUGCCAGAUAUGACUGCAGAUACAGAGAAAUAUAUAGCACUUCAACAAAUUUAUCACAAACAAGCGACAGCUGAUGCAGAAGCAGUAUGGCGACGUACAUUGCAAUUAUUACGUCAAUUAGGAAAAUCAUCAGACUCUAUUUCUGAAAGAGAUGUUAAAUUAUUUUGCAGGCAUAUUUUGAAUAUACAUGUAGAAAGGGGGACAUGUAUUGCAGAUGAAUAUGAUUCUAAAAUUUUUGAUGCAAGCAAUAUAGUGCAAAGUUUAGAAAAUCCAGAAAGUAUGAUGAUUUAUUACGUUGUUCUUAGGGGGGUUGAAAAAUUUCAAGCAGAAUACAACUCAUAUCCUGGAGAAUUUGAUGAUCAAGUGGAACCUGAUAUAGUUAAGCUUAAAACUUGCAUAACAAAGCUAUUGAGUGAAUGGGGAUGUGGACCAUUGGUAAAGGAUGAUUAUGUACAUGAAUUUUGUCGAUUUGGUGGAUCAGAAUUGCAUUCAGUAUCUGCAUUCUUAGGUGGUUUGGCAGCUCAGGAAGUAAUAAAGUUUGUUACAAAACAGUAUAAACCAGUUCAUAAUACUUUCAUAUAUGAUGCAGUGACAUCAAAUUCUGGAGUAUUUUUCUUUUAA